AUGUCGCAGACAAUCGUUACCGAGCAGUCCAUCCAUACGAACGUUCAGGUGGAUGAGACAGACUCCGGAUAUGCUUCACUGAACUAUCAGCCUCUACUUUGCCUCCAGUGCGGCAAGGCGUUCAAGAACAAGGCCGAAGAGAAAAAACACUCGUCGACACACAGCCGACCGUUCAAGUGUGGCGUCAAGAACUGCACAAACACUAAAGGCUUCGCAACAUCUAACGAUCUUGAGAGACACCAGAAAGACAUCCACCUGAUCAAGCCAAAGCACGGACCCCAGUCAUACUACAGAUGUGUGCUACCAACCUGCUCGAAGCGGGAGAAGAUAUGGUCAAGAAAAGACAACUUCAAGGCGCAUAUCAGUCGAAUGCACAAGCACAUAGGUGUGGAUGUUGACCAGCUUGUGGCAAGAUCAGAGAUGACACCUAGUCCGGCAGAGAUGCAACAUCUGGCUCGUGCCAAAAGCGCACAAGCGCUGAACAGAAGUAAAGGAAAGCAACGCGCCAACAAUCAGUCGAAACAAGCAAUGGUACCACAGUAUCCUGAGAUUGAGCCACAGCCCGAGGUAGCACAAACAGCAAUACCGCUGUGGCAGACGAAUGUCCCAGACUACAUGGAUGACAUGCCUAAUGAAGCGGCUGAGAUGGUGUCGACUGAGGACAGGUCAGGCAGAGUUGCAAACACUCUGAUCCCGAACAUGGUGCUGAGAUAUCCAAACACUUUGCCAGUUGGGCAAUAUGGAUACGAAGGAGUCAGUGGUCGGCACAACAGUGCAGAUGCGAGCCGGGAUGAUGUGUCGGAUUGCAGCUUUGCUUAUUCUCAUGAGAGUUCGGCAUAUGGUGGUGGGACGAGCGAUUUUGGAUGA